AUGACUAAUGCACGAUAUUCUCACACAGAAUCUGUAUUAUCAAAUGGAAAAGUAUUAGUUACUGGUGGAUAUAAUAAUAAUGGUCGUUUAAAUGGUGCUGAAUUGUAUGAUCCAUUAACAGGUAUCUGGACAACUACGAGUAAUAUGAAUAAUGCACGAGAUUCUCACACAGCAUCUGCACUAUCAAAUGGAAAAGUAUUAGUUACUGGUGGACACGGUAAUAGUGUUUAUUUAAAUAGUGCUGAGCUGUAUGAUCCAUUAACAGGCACAUGGGCAACUACUGGUAACAUGAAUAAUGCGCGAACUACUCACACAGCAUGUGUAUUAUCUAAUGGAAAAAUAUUAGUUAUUGGUGGAUUAGGCGAUAUUGGUGCUUUAAAUAGUGCUGAAUUGUAUGAUUCAUCAACAGGUAUUUGGACAACUACAAGUAAUAUGAUUAAUAGACGAUAUGGUAACACAGUAUCUGUAUUAUCAAAUGGAAAAGUGUUAGUUACUAGUGGGUGGAAUGGUAAUAUUGCUUUUGAUAAUGCUGAGCUGUAUGAUCCGUCGACAGGUACUUGGACAACUACGAAUAACAUGAAUAAUGCACGCAUUUGUCAUACAGCAUCUGUAUUAUCAAAUGGAAAAGUAUUAAUCGCUGGUGGAACUGGUUCAAGUGGUUCUUAUAGUUUAAAUAGUGCUGAAUUGUAUGAUCCAUUAACAGGUACCUGGACAACUACGAGUAAUAUGAAUGAUGCACGAUAUUCUCACACAGCAUCUGUACUAUCAAAUGGAAAAGUAUUAGUUACUGGUGGAUAUGGUAAUAGUGGUUUUUUAAAUAGUGCAGAAUUGUAUGAUCCAUCAACAAAUACUUGGACAACUACUAGUACCAUGAAUAUUGCACGAUAUUGUCACACAGCAUCUAUAUUAUCAACCGGAAAAAUAUUAGUUACUGCUGGAGUUGGCGAUGGUUAUAAUCAUUUAAAUAGCGCAGAAUUGUAUCAAGUAUUUCAAAUAAAUUAA